ACAAGUGGAAUCUUUGUAAUAUCCUUGACGGAUAGGUGAUGCUUUAUAGAAAUGCCUAUCAGUGUACACUAGUGUAAAAAUCAAUCGAAAGUUUUUAUUAAAAUAUAUUAUUUAAUUAUAAAAAUUAAAAAUUAAAAUUUAUCAAAACUUUUACAAUAAAUAAUAAAGAGUAAGAAUAUAUUCUACUGAGGAUUUCUUAAAAUUUCUUCUUUAAUAUAUACAGAUCAGUUAUGGAUAAAAACAAAGCAUUGAUUAAAAAAGCUUUGAUGGAAAAAAAAGUAGAUAUAGUUUUAAAAGCAUGGUAUCAAAUACCAACAAAAAUAUCCAAAGAAUCAAUUAAAGCAAGACAAGUAGGAAACCAAGAAUUCAAAAAAUGCAACCAUACUGCUCAGACACAUGAAAAAAUUUGGAGUUGUUAUUCACGAAGUAUAGCUAAAGCACCUAUUGCAUCAGAGGAUCUUGCUGCUGCUUAUAGUAACAGAUCAGCCUUUCUUUUACACAUUCAAAAAUUUAAUGAUAGUAUUGCAGAUAUUAAUAGGGCUUUGCAAAUUACUCAAAUAAAUUGCCUGAAAGUUAAACUUCUUUGCCGAAAAAUACAAUGUUUUUCUGCAUUGAAUAUGGAUGGAACAGAAAAUAUUUUGGACCAAGCAAAAUAUUGGUUUUGUAAAGUUGAGCAAAAAGAUAAAGAUUUGCUAAUUAAAAUCAUUGAAAAAACUAAAGCUAUUGUGAGAAGUAAUGAUGCAAGUUUACUUGAAACAGAAUUUCCUUCUAAAAUUUUAAUCAAGGACAUCUCGGAUAAAAUUAAUAGUGAAGAAAUUUUGAAAAUUCAAAAUGUUUUAAAGAUUAACGAAUCUACUGAUCCUUUGAAUACUGUGUCAUUAAAAUACAGUGAAAAAUAUGGAAGACAUUUGAUUGCCAACAGAGAUAUAAAACCUGGAGAAAUUAUAAAUAUCUCUAGACCAUAUGUUACAGCUUUAAAUUUGAAUAAUUUCUAUGCUUUUUGUGGCCAUUGCUUAAAAACUUCAUGGGCCAGUAUACCAUGUGAUUACUGUAGUUGGUGUAUGUUUUGUUCUGAAGAAUGUAAAAAUGAAGCUUGGAAAAAGUAUCAUGAUAUUGAAUGUCAGAUGAUACCAUACAUAAAGUUCAAUCAAACAUCAGAUUAUUGGAAACAAAUUGGCUUAAAGUUGACCAUUAUGUCAGUUAAAGAAGCUGGAGGCAUUGAAGAACUUAAGAAAGAAUUGAAGAAGAUUGACAACUAUAAAACUAAAUCAACUAAUUUUUUUGGCACAAACAUGAAAUUUUGUUCAACUGAAGAUCUAUUAGAAAAUGAAGAUGUUUUAUUUAUUGGCUCAUUACUUUUAAAAUUCUUUAAAAUAAGUGAUAUUAAUACUCAUUGUGUAAUGGAAGGAAGUUCUGACUGUAGAUUUGAAAAUAGUAUAGAAAAAUGUCAAAUCAACCGUUGUUGUGAAAGAGGUAUCUGCCUUGCUACAGUUCCUAGUUUCCUUAAUCACAGUUGUUAUCCAACUGUUAGGAAAUGUUUUACUGAAGAUAUGCAACUCAUAAUUUAUGCUUUGCAGCCAAUAAAAAAGAAUGAACAAUUAUUUGACUCCUACAUAGGAUGUUACUUUUCUAAGACCUAUAAUGAACGGAAAAAACAGCUUGAAGAAUUCAAUUUUGAAUGUGAUUGUCUCCCAUGUAAAGAACAAUGGCCAACAAUAAACCUGCUUCAAAGUCACUUAAAUUAUGUUGAUAAAAGCAAUAACUCUACCUUUGAAACUGCUUUACUUACAAAAUAUGAAUCUCUGAUAGAAUGCAAGGAUGGUAAACUUUUCAAUUUAAAUGCACUCAAUAAUUUGUCAAAAGAUAUCGAAGAAGCCAAAAAAAAAUUGUCUGAACCUUCAUAUGCUAUGGCUACCUUAAUAUCUACACUUUGGACUAUUUUUGAUUAUGUUUAUGGUAUUAGAUUAACAGUAACCGAUAAGUGUAAUAAGAUUUAAUCUGUAAGAACAUUUUUUCAAAUAAUUUUUG